GGUUUCUUUCUUGGCAGGUCUGAUUUCUACAACUUCACGGCAGCUGGAUCGAGAAUACAAGGCUGAACAUAUCCUAGAGGUGGCUGUUUCCGACAAUGGAGAGCCAGCCCUGAAGUCCACCAGCAGAGUCGUGAUACAAGUCCUGGAUGCCAAUGACAGUCCUCCCAGUUUCCCCCACAAACUUUUCAUGGUGCAGCUCCCUGAGAGAGAUGCCUCGGAGACACCGCUGCCAGUCUACAGGCUGAUUGCUUCGGACCGUGACCAGGGCCAGAACAGCCAGAUCACCUACACCAUUGAGGAGGAGGAGGAAGGGAUAUUCACCAUCAACCCCACAACUGGCAUGGUGUUCUCCAGGAAAGCUUUUCCUGCCUCUGAAUACAACAUACUCACGGUCAAGGCAACAGACGGUGGCAGCCCACCACUUUCCUCCCACGUGCGGCUUCACAUCAGCUGGGUCGCCCGGCCCGGCCCUUCCUCGGAGCCACUAGCUUUUGAUGAACCCCAUUUUAAUUUUGCCGUGAUGGAAACAGACCCUGUAAACCAUAUGGUGGGAGUGAUCAGCAUUGAAAUGGGCCCCAGCCAAGUGUGGUUUAAUAUCACAGGUGGUGACGAUGACAUGGAUUUUGACAUUGAAAAGAGUACAGGCAGCAUGGUCAUUGCAAGAGCCCUUGAUGCAAGGAAGAAGUCAAGCUAUAACCUGACAGUAGAAGUCACUGACGGGUCCACUACCAUCAAAACCCAGGCAUUUAUCCAUGUGAUUCACAUCAACCAGCACCGUCCCCAGUUCCUGGAGAGCCAUUACGAGGUGAGGAUUCCUGAAGAUACCACUUCAGGGAGGGAAAUCCUUCAAGUCAGUGCAACAGACAAGGACAAAGGCAAAGGGCUCAUCUACACCAUCCAUGGCAGCAUGGACCCCAAAAGCACAAGACUUUUCCAGUUGGAUCCAAGCAGCGGAGUCCUCACUACAGCAGAAGGCUUCAGUUCCCAGCCCAUGCCUCAGCACACCCUAACAGUGAUGGUACGAGACCAGGAGGUCCCUAUCAAAAGGAACUUUGUUCGAGUCAUCAUUCAUGUGGAGAACUGCAACCUUCACCCUCCACAGUUCAGCAGCAUCCAUUACGAAGCAGAAGUGCUUGACGCAGCAGUGGUGGGCACAGAGGUUACACAAGUCAGAGCCCUUGAUCAGGAUCAAGGACCCAAUGCUGAAAUCCACUACUCCCUUCAGGCAGGUAAUGGGGAAGGUUUCUUUAGCAUCGACCCAUGUUCUGGAAUUAUUACUGUUGCCCAGAAACUGGACCCAUCCAGGCAGGAGCGAUUUACUCUUAUUGUAAAGGCAGAAGACCAGGGAUUCCCGCAGCUUAAAGAUUCUGCUACAGUACAUGUCCGCAUUAGACCCUCUGAUCGAACACCUCCAAAAUUUCCAGAGGCCGAAUAUAUCACAGAUAUCAGUGAAUCCACCGCUGUUGGCUCUCCUCUGAUCCAGGUUUCAGCCACAAGUUUGUCACCAGUCAGCUAUGAAAUAAAAGAUGGAAAUGGAGAUGGAGUGUUCUCCAUGAACUACCAGUCAGGCCUUAUUUCCACUCAGAAGAGCUUAGAUUUUGAGCAGGUAUCUUUUUACCAGUUGAAAGUUCGUUGCACCAACAUGGCUGGAGCAUUUGUGGACACAACGGUACUUAUCUAUGUCAUAGAUGAGAAUGACAAUGUGCCCAUCUUCGCCAAGCCUUCCUUCGUUGGCUGGAUCAUGGAGAAUGCUCCAUCACAAAGCAUGGUUCUGGAUGAAAGCAAUGCUCCCCUUGUGACCUAUGCAACAGAUGCUGAUCAAGACUCCAAUGCUCUGCUGGUCUAUGAGAUUUUGGAACCGGAGGCGCUGAAAUAUUUCACAGUAGAUCCCAGCACAGGGACACUGACCUGUCGUGCUGAUAUAGACUAUGAGCUCACCCCAGUUUUCCACUUCAGUGUACAUGUGCGUGACAGUGGAAGUCCUAGCUUAUUUGCAUCCAAGCCAGCCAAGGUCACAAUCCAUGUUAAAGACGUGAAUGAUUCACCUCCAGUCUUUUUCGAAGACACUUAUGAGCUUUCUGUCUUGCUGCCUGCCCACCCAGGGAUGGAGCUUUUGUCAGUGCAGGCAAAAGAUGCAGAUUCAGAGGUGACCUACAGCAUCGUGGAAGGGAACCUUGAUAAUGCCUUCUAUAUUCAUCCACUCACAGGUCUCAUCUCCAUUCUUAAUGCUACUGGCCUGGGAAGCCAUCGUGAACUCCUAGUCAGAGCUGGUGAUGGCUUAUAUAAGAGUACCGUUCUGGUUAAGUUAAAUUUAACACAAGCACAAGGUACUGGCUUAAAAUUUGAUCAAGAUGUAUAUACAGCAACUGUGAUGGAGAAUUCUACAGAUGAGAAGACUCUCACUGUUCUUGGGGUCAGGGGAUACCAGUUAAAUGAACCACUUUUCUAUUCACUUUUGAACGGAAAGGAAAGAUUCAAGAUGAUCCAGGCAUCAGGAGUACUCCAGACCAAGGGUGUGAAAUUUGACCGCGAAAUACAGGACAUGCACGAGGUAGCUGUGGAAGUGAAAGACAAUAGGAACCCACCAAGAGUGUCCCAAGCCACAGUCAGGGUCUAUGUAGAGGAUGUCAAUGACAAUCCACCGCAGUUCGAGAAUGUGCCAUAUUACACCUCAGUGCAGGACGGCACAGAGCCAGGUGACGUACUUUUUCAGGUGUCAGCAACAGACAAAGACGUAGGCGAUAAUGGAGCCAUUACCUACUCAUUUGCAGAGGACUACAAAUACUUUUGGAUUGAUCCCUACCUAGGAGACAUCUCGCUUAAGAAGCCUCUUGAUUAUCAGGCUUUAAAUAAAUACAACCUCCGAGUCAUUGCUAAGGACAAGGGCGAGCCUCCCCUCAGUGCUGAAGAGGAGGUUGUGAUCAGUGUGAGGAACAAAUCUAACCCUCUGUUCCAAAGUUUGUACUACCGAGUGAAGGUGCCAGAAAACAUCCCCCUGUACACAUCUAUCCUCCACAUACAGGCUCGCAGCCCUGAAGGCUUACGCCUCAUCUACAACAUCGUGGAAGAAGACUCCCUGAAGCUGUUCAGCACCGACUUCAAAACUGGUGUCCUUACUGUCACAGGUCAGCUGGACUACGAGCUAGAGACAAAACACAUGUUCACCAUUAGAGCCACAGACACAGCGCUAGGAUCAUUUUCAGAAGCCAGAGUAGAGGUGGAGGUAGAGGACGUUAAUGACAAUCCCCCCAUAUUUUCUCAGAUCAUCUACACAGCAUCUGUCUCAGAGAGUUUGCCAGCACAGACCCCUGUUGUCCAGCUCUCUGCUUCUGAUAAGGAUUCAGGCAGAAACAAAGUGGUCUCCUAUCAAAUCUUGGAUGAUGGUUCAGAGGCUACCAAGUUCUUUAAUAUUGAUGCCACCACAGGGCAAAUAACAACAGCUCAAGCACUUGAUUAUGAAAAAAAUCAACAGUUUCGCAUGAAAGUGAGAGCUACAGAUCAUGGGAUACCUCCACUUAGCAGUGAUGCCCUGGUAAUCGUAGAUGUGACAGACAUCAAUGACAAUCCCCCUGAGUUCAGCCAGCUUCAGUAUGAAGCCAAGGUAAGUGAAAUGGCUACAUGUGGGCACAUCGUGAUAAAAGUCCAGGCCCUGGAUCCCGAUAGUGGAGACACCACCCGACUGGAAUAUGUGAUACUCUCUGGCAACGACAAUAGGCACUUCACUAUCAACAGCACUUCUGGAAUAAUAUCCAUGUUCAACCGCUGCAAAAAGGACUUGGAGUCAUCUUACAAUCUCAGAGUUUCUGCUUCAGAUGGAGUUUUCAAGAGCACUGUGCCUGUGUACAUCAAUACCACAAACGCCAACAGAUACAGCCCCUCUUUUAGGCAGAACGUGUACGAGGCAGAGCUGGCAGAAAAUGCUGAGAUAGGUACCAAAGUGAUUGAGCUGUUGGCUAUUGACCCAGACGGUGGCCCAUAUGGCACCAUAGACUAUACCAUCAUAAAUAAACUCGCCCAUGAGAAGUUCUCCAUAGACAAUAAAGGCCAUAUUUCUACACUGCAAAAACUGGACAGGGAAAAUUCAACAGAGAGAGUCAUUGCCAUUAAAGUCAUGGCCAAGGAUGGGGGUGGGAAGGUGGCCUUCUGCACUGUCAAAAUAAUCCUUACAGAUGAGAAUGACAACCCACCUCAGUUCAAAGCCUCUGAAUACACACUCUCCAUCCAGUCCAAUGUAAGCAAAGGCUCCCCCGUCAUCCAGGUACUGGCUUACGAUGCUGAUGAAGGUGCAAAUGCAGAUGUCAUUUACUCUGUUGACUCCGUGGAAGAUGUGGCAGAAGACCUUGUGGAGAUCAAUGCUGCCACUGGGGUCGUUAAGGUCAAGGAGAGCCUCAUUGGUUUAGAAAACAGAGCCUUUAACUUCAAGGUGAAAGCUGAAGAUGGUAGACCCCCUCACUGGAACUCCCUUGUCCCAGUGAAUCUUCAGAUUGUCCCCAGGGAGGUGACAUUGCCAAGGUUUUCUGAGCCCCUUUAUACAUUUUCUGCAUCUGAGGAUCUUCCAGAGGGAUCAGAAAUAGGGUCAGUCAAAGCUUUUGCAGAGGAUCCCAUCAUAUACAGCCUGGUGAAGGGAACCACUACAGAAAGUAACAAGGAUGAGGUGUUCACACUGGAUGAGCGAACAGGGGUUUUGAAAAUCAAAAAGGCCAUGGAUCAUGAGACCACCAAGUGGUACCAGAUUGAUGUUAUGGCUCACUGCUCACAUCAGGAGACUGAGCUGGUCUCUCUGGUCUCUGUGAACAUCCAAGUGCAGGACGUCAAUGACAACAGACCUGUUUUUGAGGCAGAUCCCUACAAAGCUUUUGUCAUGGAGAACAUGCCAUCAGGAACCACAGUCAUUCAAGUGACAGCAAAUGACCAGGACAUGGGAAGUGAUGGGCAGGUGACCUACAGUCUGGAAGCAGAAUCUGGCAACCUCCAACGACUCUUCACCAUUGACAGUGAGAGUGGUUGGAUCACCACAUUGAAAGAGUUGGACUGUGAAGAUCAGGAGAUCUAUCAGCUUUAUGUGGUGGCCACUGACCAUGGCAGGAAAGUUCAGCUCUCUUCCCAAACCUUGGUGGAGGUCACUGUCUCUGAUGAAAAUGAUAAUGCUCCACAGUUCACCUCAGAUUUCUAUAAAGGAUCGGUAAUCGAGAAUGCGGAGCCAGGGCAGGUUGUUGUCACACUGAGUACCAUCGAUGCAGACAUCUCUGAGCAGAAUCGGCGGGUCACGUGCUACAUAACUGAAGGAGACGUAUUGGGACAGUUCACAGUCAACCAAAUCGAGGGUGAAUGGACAAUUUCUUCCAAGAAGCCUCUGGACAGAGAAGAUACAGAGAAAUAUCUUCUCAAGGUUAUGGCCUCCGAUGGGAAAUUUCAGGCUACCACUGAAGUGGAAGUUUUUGUUCUGGAUAUCAAUGACAAUAGCCCUGAGUGUGGCCAGAUAUUCUACACUGGGAGAGUUCCUGAAGACGCUCUGCCUGGUCUUUUCAUUUUGAAAAUAUCAGCAACCGACCCUGACGUUGGCAGCAAUGCCCAGAUAACGUACAGCCUCCACGGCCCUGGUGCAGAGGAGUUCCGGCUGGGCCCACACACAGGGGAACUGACCACAUCUGCACCUCUCGACCGCGAACAGAAGCCUAUGUACCAUCUUGUUGCCAAAGCGACUGAUGGUGGAGGCCGUUCCUGCCAGGCAGAUAUAACGCUGAUUGUGGAGGACACGAAUGACAACGCACCGAGAUUCUUUCCCAGUCACUGCGCUGUGGCCGUUUUUGACAACACCACAACAAAGACACCCAUCGCUGUGGUUGCUGCCAGGGACCUUGAUGAAGGUCUCAACGCUGAGGUGGUCUAUUCUCUGUCUGACUCUGCCAACGGACACUUUUCCAUUGAGGAAACCACAGGUGUGAUCCGUCUGGAAAAGCCUCUGAAGGAUUCGCAGCAUUCAGCAUUUGAGCUGACAGUCUGUGCUACCGACCGGGGCACCCCAGCACCUCUCUCUGCUCUUGGUACCGUCACUGUCUCCGUUGUGGAUCUAAACGAGUAUCUGCCUGUUUUCCUGGCCCCUGAAUACGUGGCCAUGGUAAAAGAAGAUGUGGCUGUGGGCACAGAAGUCCUCAACUUGUCAGCCUUGACAAGGGACAAUGCAGAAACCACAGAGAUCAAGUAUGAAAUUGUGAAUGGUAACGACCACGGGAAAUUUCAGCUCAACUCAAACACAGGUGCCUUAUACAUCAAUGGGAGCUUGGACUUUGAAGCAAGUCACGAGUAUUACUUAUCCAUUGAGGGCACAAGGAAGGGCUCAGCUUCUCUCAGCGAUGUGACCAUGGUGGUGAUCAACAUAACCGACAUCAAUGACCACGCACCAGAGUUCAUCCAAGACUCUUACUUCGCUGAUAUCAGGGAGGAUGCUGCAGUUGGAGAAAUCAUCCUCACGGUGUCAGCCGAUGACUUAGACGGAGCAAUGAACAAUCAGAUUACAUAUUCAAUCGUGGGAGGGAACCCGCUGGAACACUUUGCCAUUCAACCCAAAAAUGGGCAAAUCAGCAUCGCCAAGCAUCUGGACAGGGAAGAGAUCCCCAGUUAUUCCCUGACAGUUCGAGCCACGGACAAUGGACACCCUGCUCAGUUCAGUGAUGUCUCUGUACAUGUCCACGUGUCUGAUGUCAAUGACAACCCUCCUCGGUUCUUCCAGCUCAACUACAGCGUGGUGGUACAGGAGAAUGCUCCUGUGGGUACAAGCGUCCUGGAGCUGAUUAUGAGUGACAGAGACUCCCCAGAAAAUGGACCACCGUAUUCAUUCCAGAUCACGCAGGGCAAUGAUGGGAAGGCUUUUGAUGUCACCCAAAAUGGUCUGCUGGUGACAUCAUCCGUCCUGAACAGAAGAACGAAAGAACAAUACCUACUACAAGUCCAGGUCUCUGACAGUGGUAUCCCUCCCCUGUCCUCAUCUGCUUUUAUAAAUAUCCAAGUGACUGAGCAGAGCCAGUACGCCCCCUCAGCCCUUCCCCUGGAAAUAUUCAUCACCACCAAUGAGGAAGCCUUCCGAGGUGGCGUUCUGGGCAAGAUCCACGCCACGGACCGAGACCCCCAUGACACACUGGUGUACACUUUGGUGGCAGAAGUGCCCCAGGAAGGGCUUUUCUCUGUUGGGGCUGCAGAUGGGAAGAUCAUUGCUGGGAACAAGCUUCCCCAUGGCCACUAUCUUCUGAACGUGACAGUCAGCGAUGGUACAUUCACAGCCACCACCAGCGUCAACGUCCAUGUGUGGUGCUUCACGCAGGAGGCCUUGGACAAAGCAGUGGUGCUGCACUUCCGUCACCUCUCCCCUGAGGAGUUUGUGGGGGACCAUUGGCGCAACUUGCAGAGAUUUCUGGGAAAUAUCCUUGUCACCCGGCGCCAAAACAUCCACAUGGCCAGCUUACAGCCUGCAACUACCUCCGACGGAGUGGACCUUCUCUUGGCUGUUGGAGAGCCACAUGGCUCCCUGUUUGAGCCUCGGGUCCUCGCAAAUAAGAUCACUGUGUCAGCUGGGGAGAUGGACCAACUCGUUGGUCUCCGGAUGAAGAAAGCAAUUCAUGUGCCGUGUCAUGGGUCAGAUUGUGCCCACCGUGUCUGCAAGGAAACCAUUCAGCUCGAUCCAGGCAUGAUGUCUACUUACAGCACUGCCCGACUCAGCGUCCUCACCCCACGGCACAGCUUAGAGCAAAUCUGUUCUUGCAAUGGAACAGCUGUGAGGUUUGGGGGCCACAGCUACAUUUGGUACCAGCACUCACAGAUCGGCUCCUGGCACAUGCACUUUCGCCUGAAGACUCACCAGCUGCACGCUGUCGUGUUCCAUGCUAACGGGACUGACCAUGCCACUUUGGAGAUGGUUAACGGAGUGCCUCAACUUGGGUACAGCUGCCGGGGGAACUACACCGGGAACCUCUCCUCCUCACGUUUUGUGAGUGAUGGUGAGUGGCACUCAGUCUUCCUGGAGGUGAAGAAUACAUCUGUCCGCCUGCUCAUCGAUGGCCUGGGAAACGCCUCUCUCCAGCUGCCGGGGACCUGUAGUAUCUCCCAGGGCAGACGAGAUCUGCUUUUUGGGGGCUUCCGGCAGCCGCUCCAGUCUCAGAGAGUCACGUGGGGCUUCAGGGGCUGCCUGGACGUGGUUGCCAUCAAUGGCAGAGAAGUGGUUCUCCUGCCCGGGAAAGGGCAAGCCAAGGAAGUCAUGGAAGCAGUGGGGAUAAAGCAGUGUUGCUCCCCCACUGGCGCCUGCAGCAGCAACCCAUGCCUCAACAACGGGAUGUGCUCUGAAACUCAUGGAGGAGGUUACACCUGCAUCUGUCCCGGGCUGUUUUCUGGUGAGCGCUGUGAGCUAGGGGACAGUCCCUGCGAGUCCAAGCCCUGCCUGCACGGAGGAACCUGCACCCUCUCCGCCACUGGCUACUCCUGCCACUGCCCUGACUGGUACAUGGGCGAAAGGUGUGAGAAGCUGGCCGAGGAGUGCCAAGACAACCCAUGCCGAAACGCCGGGCGCUGCGUGAGCAACCAGGGCUCCAUCCGCUGCAUCUGCCCAUCGGAUUACCAGGGGCACUACUGCACGCAGCCCAUCAUCACCCCUGCCAUUGUGCCCACGCAGUGGGCGGUGGGCCCCGAGGAGAUCGCGGAGAUCGUAGCCGGCGUGCUGGGGGUGGCCAUCCUGGCCGUGGCCUUCGUGCUUAUCCGCAAGCGCUACCGUCACCGGGCCAAGGCACACAAGCCCGUGGCCCGGGAGGACCCCGACCUGCUCUCCAAGAGCGAGUUCUCCAAGAGCGUGGGUGUGGGCACCCAAGCCGUGCCACCCAUCGAGCUCAACAUCCUCAGCGACACGGCACACAACAACCUCGACCGGGCUACGCCGGAGCAGCGCAAACCCACCGGCACCCCUGAAUUCGUCACCUUCAACUCGGCCAACGCCCCAAAGCACCGGGGCACCAUCGUGUGCAGUGUGGCACCCAACCUGCCCCCCGCUGCACCCCCCUCCAACUCCGACAACGAGUCCUUCAUCAAGUGCACAUGGGCCAGGGAGGAGAUGGUCUACCCAGCAGAAACAACCUACUGGCCUCCCCGGUACCUGUCAUCAGAUGUCCAGGAAUAUUCCCACUACGAGAUCAUUCAAGGCCCCCCUGCAUCCUCCUCCCACCCUCCUCUCCCGCCACCACCCCCUCCACCAGCAGAAGCGGAGCCGGUUGCUCUUUACGGGGGCUUUCCCUUCCCGCUGGACCAGAGCAACAAGCGGGCCCCCAUCCCCCCCCGCUACAGCAACCAGAACCUGGAGGACUUCUUGCCACUUGGCCCCGUGGACGUGGGAGCCUCCCAGUGCCAGAACGAAUACACGGCCAUCAGCUACUACCCAGCCCAGCUAGUGCAGGGCGAGGGUGUCCCGUACCAGCCCGACCCCGGCUACAAGCGGGUGAGCAUGCGCCUGAGCGUGGCCCAGCCCUCCUACGCAGACUGCGAGGUGGGCCACCAGCCCAGCAUCCGGGCCCAGCCCCUUCCACCCCCCAACUACGAGGGCUCUGACAUGGUGGAGAGUGACUACGGGAGCUGCGAGGAGGUGAUGUUUUAA